AUGGCCGACACUGCUGCUCCUCCUGCACCAUCACAGCAGCCCACUCCUCAGGCUUCUCAGCCAGCGGAAAGCUCGACUUCGGCGGGCAAGGCCCCCGCUGGUGCCGGCGAAAAGGAGCCCGUGGUCGUUCUUGUCAUCGGCAUGGCUGGAUCGGGCAAGACCACCCUCAUGCAGCGCUUCAACUCGUACCUUCACUCAAAGGACACGCCUCCUUACAUUCUCAACCUCGACCCGGCUGUCAGCCACAUGCCGUAUGCUGCCAACAUUGACAUUCGCGACACUGUCGACUACAAGGAGGUCAUGACCCAGUACAACCUUGGUCCCAACGGUGGCAUCAUGACUGCACUCAACCUGUUUACCACCAAGUUUGACCAGGUGCUCGGCUUUGUUGAGAAGCGUGCCCAGGAUGUCGACUACGUGCUUGUGGACACCCCCGGUCAGAUUGAAAUCUUCACCUGGUCGGCUUCCGGUGCCAUCAUCACCGACGCCAUUGCCUCGUCGCUCCCGACUGUUGUCGCGUACGUCAUUGACACGCCCCGCACCACCUCGCCCGCGACCUUUAUGAGCAACAUGUUGUACGCGUGCUCGAUUCUCUACAAGACGCGUCUCCCAUUCAUCCUCGUCUUCAACAAGGUGGACGUUGAGCCGCACGACUUUGCGCUCGAGUGGAUGGAGGACUUUGAAAAGUUCCAGGCGGCCCUCGCCGAGCGUGGCCGCGACGAGAAUGGCGAAAACUACAUGAACUCGCUCAUGGGCAGCAUGUGCCUUGUGCUCGAAGAGUUUUACAACUCGCUCCGCGCCGUGGGCGUGUCGGCCAUGACGGGCCAGGGCAUGAAGGAGUUUUUCGCGGCCGUCGACGACGCGCACAAGGAGUACAACACCGACUACAAGCCCGAGCUGGAGCGUGUCAGGGCCGAGCGCGAGGCCAAGGCCGAGGCGGCAAAGGACGCCAACCUCGAGCGCAUGCUGCGCGACAUGGGUAUGUCGGGUGGUGGCAAGUCUGCUUCUUCUGCGCCCACAACCUCGGCCGGUGAGGACCCGACGGCUACCAACCCCUUUGGCCCGUUCCCGCGCAACGACCGCGAGGACGCGUACCUCGACAAUGAGGACAACCACUACGACUCGGAGGACGAGCGCAUAGAGGCCCAGAUGGAGUUUGAGGAGGAGGCCGAUGACCACCCCGAGCUCGACGCACAGGACGUGGAGGUCUCGUUUGGCGGUAACAGGUCGGACUUGUCCUUCCCCGCGCCUCAAUAG